AUGUCAGUGUCAUAUCGAGAGAUAGCAGACUCUUUGGGUUCAGCGUUCUUCAAAUGGGCAGGUGAGGCACAUAUGUUUGAUAAAGAUGGGCCAUAUAUAGAGAUGGUGACCUCACCAAAUAACCCUAAUGGGGUUAUGAAAGAAGCUGUGGUUAAUCAAGCCGGAGCAGCGGUUGUUCAUGACCUUGCUUACUACUGGCCACAGUACACGGCCAUUACUUCUCCUGCAGAUUGUGAUAUUAUGCUAUUCACAGUUUCCAAAUGUACGGGACAUGCAGGAUCAAGAAUCGGGGGUACAUGGGCACUUGCUAGAGACAAAGAUGUAGCUAAAAGUAUGGUGAAAUUCAUAGAGAUCAACACAAUUGGAGUGUCGAAAGAAGCACAACUCAGAGCUGCAAGUAUCCUGGAAAUCGUUUCUGCUAGCUGCCAAAGAGUUCAGGCCUAUGACUUGGAGAACUUCUUUGAAUAUACAAGAAUUUCAUGGCAGAAAGAUUUCCCCUGUCAGUACAGCAAUUUCACAGGAGGCUUCACUGAAGCACAUCCUGGUAAUAUUGGCUUCAGUUCCUGUUCUUUUCUUCUUUUUAGUGAAUGUCAGAAUUGUGGUCGUUUCAUGUAUUGCCUUUUUCUAUAUUUCUCAACAGCUUUUGCAUGGAUGAAAUGCAAAGAGGGAAUGGACUGUGAGAACGUGUUGAGAGAGCACAAGAUUCUGACCAGAAGUGGAAAGGGGUUUGGGAGUAUGAAGUAUGUUAGAAUAAGCAUGCUGAGUAGGGAUGAGGAAUUUGAUCUUUUCCUGCAGAGGCUGCCAAAUAUCGUUGCAGAUGAAGAAAUUUAAGAUUUAAGCAAAUGCAUGUGACUUCGUUGAUGCAGACAAUUUUGCACCCAUGACCUAUCCAUGCAUUGUGGCGAGGAAGAUGUUGUUCUAAUCAUACAAUUGUACUGUUUUGGCACUCAACCAGUGCUGUUAAUGGGUUUUGGUACAAAACUGCUCUUACCAUAUAUUCCUGAAAACAAAGGGAAUCUUGAUUUUUCAUUCUCUGUUAGUGAGCUGGAGUGUUAUUUUACGAUGCAUUAUAAUACUUUAAACGAGAUUGAUAUAUAUAGCAGUAGUCCAGAUAUGGCCACCCUG